AAGGUGGAAUAGAAGGAAAAGUUAGUAAAGCAUUAUUAGUUUCAUUAUGGGGUGCAUUAUGUGAGCAAAGAAAUGGACAAAAUUAUGGAGAUCAAGUAAAAUGUAUAUAUACAGAUAGCUUUAUUAUAGCUGGAAAAGUAGAACUUAAAAUGGGAAUAGAAAUGGGUAAGCUAAAAUUUGAGAAAAAUGGAGUUUGUGUAGUAAAAAAUUGUAUAUCAAUUACAUGGAAACUGUCAUAUCCAGAAAUUUCAAAUUUGAUCAUUUUCAAAGAAAAUGAGCUUUGCUCUACAAAUAGUUUACCAGAUUUUGAGAAAAUACAACAAGAUAAAGAGCAGAAUACAAAAUUAGAUACAGAGUAUUCUGUCUCACAGACAGUAAAAAGGAAACUAUUAAAAAGGUCUGAUAUAAAUCUUCCAAAUGAAAUUAUAAUAGAAAUAUUUCAACAUUUACAAACACAAAAUAAUAUAUUAAACACGAAGUGUCCUGCUUCGCAGUGUACUAAUAAUGAAUUAUUAUCAUCAGUUUUAUAUGUUAAUAAAUGA